UUCUUCCCCGCUGAAGGUGCUACCAGUCUAGCCAGCCUUCUCUCUCCCUCUUUCCCUCUGUUGCGCAGCACCGCGGGACUAGCGCACUAUACUCACUAUGGCAUCCACCGCAGCACGGACUCUCUUAGUGCUUUUCGUCACCUUCUGUGCAUCAAGUACUGGAUUAACAGCCGACAAGCCCCUGCGGCCGCGGAACGUGCAGCUGACGUUGGUGGACAAGGGCCUGAGGGUAAGCUGGGAACCCCCCAACGAGCUGGACGGUCGGCCGGUGGACCGCUACAACAUUGGCUACGGCAAGUCCAUGAGGACACUCCGCUUCAUCAAGGUGGACAAGGACAGACGGUCCGAGGUACUGGAGGAUGUAGAGCCCGGAGUUCUGCACUUUCUCAAGAUGAGUGCCGAGAACAAGGAGGGGAUAAGCAAACCUGUGUACAGAGCAGAGACGCCAGGAGGUGGUGAAUGGGUCAAACUGGAUGGCUUCGCAGUGGUGGACGGGACAGCUGUUAACGCAUCCUCUCCAGCUCGUCCAUCUCCUACUCCAGACAUGUGGCCCAGGGCUAACUCCCCUGUCAGGAUCCCUGUGAGAACAGGAAGAGGAUCAGUGGAUGAUGGGGUGGUGCGCCCGUCAGGCCUGACCUCCUCCAGGGGGCAGCGGAUCUGGAGACCCCCCCAAUCAUCCUCCGGCCCUCGUCAGCCAGAUAGGGCCAGGGCAGGGACACCCCUGCUGGACCAGAGGUCCCAACACCACCACCACACCCAGCCACAGGCUGACCAGAGAAACAGACACAACCCCAAACUAGCGUCUGAGUCCAUCUAUGUGGUAUCACUGCAGGCACAGAGAGCCACGGGACGGAGCGUGCCAAGCAACAGGGCCACCCUGACCAAAAAAACUCCCCCAGAGCCUGAGGAGUAUGAGGCCAAAGACAUUGGUGUGAGGGUCAUGUCCCCUCAGUCUGUCCUCAUCAGCUGGGUGGACCCGGCCAUCGAGAUGGAGAAGGUCCUACCUGGUGGCUCCAGACACUACACAGUGAAGUACAGGGAAAAGGGUGAGUCUGCUCGAUGGGAGUACAAGGAGACCAACCAGAGGAAGCUGCUGAUAGAUACCCUGUCAGCUGAUGGGAUGUACGAGUUCUCCGUCCGAAUCUCCCAGGGAGACAACCACGGCAAGUGGAGCGUGUCCGUGUUCCAGAGGACCCCAGAAUCUGCUCCCUCUGGUCCUCCGGAGAACUUUGAUGUGAAGCCACUGAGAGGGAAGGGAACCGCUGUCACGGCGACCUGGGACCCACCUGAGGAACCCAACGGGAGAAUACGAGAGUACAUAAUGUCCUAUGCUCCUGCCAUGAAACCCUUUGGGAUGAAGUCAGUGACAUACCGUGGCAGCACCACCUCAGCCAUCAUAGACGGCUUCCAUCCUGGGGACCUCUACAUCUUCAAGAUCAGAGCCACCAACAGGAGGGGCCAGGGCCCCCAGACCAAAGCCUUUAGCGUUGCCAUGCCUGGAGGCACCGCCAGCAGUGCUGCCUCCUCACCAACUCAAGGUGGCCGUAGAACCAGCUACAUCCCCUCUCAGACGUCCAAACAGGACAGUUACCAUGACGAUGACGUCAACCUCCAAUUAGAAGAUGUGAACAAGGAGCAGACCACACCCACUCAGACCACAUCUGCCCCACCCACCACCAGACGGACACGCCCCCUCACCAAGUCACGCUCCAAUCACAGCAUCUUCUCAGAUGUGAGGGGCACGGUCAGGAACAGGGCGACCAAUCAGCGACAAGGAGCUGGUACCUCUUCAGUCAGAGACAAGGGGAGAAAGACAGAAACAGAGGAUGAACAGGAGGAGGAGAACAAAACAACAGAAACCACUCGAGAAGAAGAGGAGGAGAAGCUCACGAACGAAGAUGUGGAGGAGAAGAAAGAAGCAGUGACUCAGAACAAUGUUGUUCCUUCUACACCUGAGGACAAGGGCUAUAUCAGAGGGAGAGGUAAUAGGAAGGAUGUAGAUGAGCCCUCCAGACCCAGCCUCAAAACAGAAGUUCCCUCAUCAGAGGGCUCCUCAUCAUCAUCUAAACCCUCCUACCCUCUCCGCAAACCUCUCUCUGGCAGACGCAUCAAUUCUGGUCGGAGACCAUUGACCCGGACAUCAGUCUCAGGGUCAGUGUCCCAGUCAAAGACACAGGAUGCAGAAAAGGACAGCGCCUCCUCAUCCUCCUCAUCUUCUUCGUCCUCCAGCCCAUCCCCCAACGAGGAUUCUGCAGCCAUCAGGAAGGACGACACUGUCACCAACUACUUCGAGGGCAAAAACACUUAUGACCAGCCAAGUGUCACAGCGGCCAAACCCUCCACCUCAACCCCUACCCCAAACCAGGCCGUCUCAGAGCCCAAGACCGAGGCACCAUCUGUGGGAAGAGGAUCUGCUCUGCCGGGCCGUGGAUAUGGUUAUGGCAGGCGGAAACCUGGGAUCCUGUCUCGAGGGAAUCCAAAUGGCCGAGUUCUGACUGGACUCAGCAAACCUGGGUCAGACUCGACUUCCGCCGGCAUGUCCCAGUCCACUAUACCAACCGAAGGCAAGAUCCCAGAAACAUCACACACUCACGGCUCACACACUCCUAACACACAGCACUUAACACACCACCAGGACAAUAAUGACUACAACGACUACAAAGUCAGAGAGGCAGAGGCCACCAAAGAAGAAGAACCCACUUCCAGUUCCCGGACCAUUUCCACUACACAUUCUUCUGAGGACAGGAGACAGGACAAGAGAGAGGAGGGAAGGAGGGGAGACAGGAGAGAGGAGGGAGGGAGGGGAGACAGGGGAGAGAGAGAAAAUAGGAAAGAGGAGGGAGCUCGGGGAGACAGGAGAGAAGAGGAAGAGAUGGAAAACAGGAAAGAGGAGGGAGGGAGGGGAGACAGAAGAGAGGAGGGAGGGAGGGGGGAGAACAACUACAACACCCCAGCUCCCCCUCCUUCCAAGACACCUGCUCCACCUGCCUCCAGGAUUAACCCCUUUGUGAAACGGCACCAGAGCAGGUUUGGAACAGGGAUGGGGAGCGGUAGCAGGGUGUCUUCCCCCCGGGCGGACGGGAGGGUUCCCUGGAGUAGGACAGGCUCCUCAUCCUCUGUUGGGGCAGGAAGACCCAUCCUGAGAGGAUUACCCUCUAGGACAGCUGCCUCGGGGGCAGCAUCUGCCUCAGGGUCAUCAAGGACCUCAGCAGUGCAGGAGACCAGUGAGGAUGCUAAAAAACCCUCCACCCACUACCCGUUAAAGAACGGGGUGGGGGCUGGGGCACUUAAACCCUCUCUGCCCAACAGGAAUACCGUUCUAGGUGAAUCUAGGAAUCCCAUCACCUCCUCUUCCUCUUCUUUCUCCUCGUCCUCCUCCAACUCCUCCUCUAGUAGUCGUAGAGACAUCAGUGAGCCCAUCCACAGAGGAAGCAGCACCAGGGAGGACAGCAGUAAUGACCAUAAGGAGGACUAUCUCUACAAGGGGAGUAAGGAGAUGUAUGAGUGGAAUGAGAAAGUCACAGACCCAACCACCGCCCCCAAAACUACUGCCACCACUACCACUACCUCAGCUCCAACUACCGCCCGCAGGGUGCCCCAGAGUGGGGCCAACGAGAGUGUGGACAGGGAACCCACUCCUGGUAGAACCAGGACCGGUUUCGUCCCUGGUUCUACUCUCCCCCGCCGUACCAUUAUAGGUCCCAACGGGAGGGUGCGAUCUCCCCUGCUCACACACAGGCAGACAGGUUCUAGGUUCCCCCUUAGAGCACAACCAGCACAGAGCACACAGUUAGGUUCCUCUAACACAAACACAUCAUCUUCCUCUUCUUCCUCUUCCUCCUCUAGUCUGUCGCAGCCAGAUCACGGGGUUAGCGGGGCCGCUAGUGUUAGCACUGGAGGCUCCUCCCCUUCCCUCUCUCGCCCCUCCCUCAGACAGACCUCCAUUGGCGGCAGCCAGGGAUCUCAAGGCUCCUCUUCCUCCUCGUCAUUCUCAUCCAGAGACUCUGUGGUGGGCCAGGGUACAAGGACGCGCUACCCCAGCCGGUCAGACCCCCAUCUCAGGAGUAAAACCCCCAGCGGAGGCCUCAAGCCCGGCUAUGGAAAUGGUAAUGGAAAUGGUAAAAAUGGCCGCCCCAAUCUCACGGCGACCAGUGACAAAGAGUCCAGCACAUCCAAUGACAACACCAAACCUAAUGGAAGAAGGUACAUCACUGGGCCUGAUGGAGCCAAAUGGGUGGUGGACUUGGAUAAGGGGGUCCUGAUGAACGAGAAUGGCAGGGUUCUCCAGGACUCUCAGGGCCAACCCAAGAGGGUGGUUCUGGGAGAGGACGGACGCACCAUCUUUGACCACCAGGGCAGCCCAUUAGUGAACCAGGAGGGCCAGGUUCUGUUUGGUCACGGUCGGGAAAGCCAACCGGUGGUCAACCCCAAAGACAAGUUCCUGACCGUGGGUGGCAAACCCAUCAUUGGCCUGGACCGGGCUAAACCAAGGACCACAACCACAACCAGACCUCCUACCACGACCACACCUGAACCGACAACGCUACCAACCACCACUGAAAUGUCCACAGAGGAGACUAUAACCAUGCCGGUGUUCCCGACCUGUCCUCCAGGAACAUUUUUGAUCAGGGAUGAAGAGGGAUUCCCAAUGCUGGAUGCUGAUGGCAUCCUGGACUGUUAUCCCGAAGAGGAAUCCUCAGGAAUGGAAACGGACUCUAUGGAUGAGUUGUUGUGGCAGACCACCCUGCCCCCCACGCUGCCCCCUACCACCACCACGACAGACCACCCCACCCCUGAACCAGACACCAGGCCCUUCAACAAUAGCCCCUCCAAUGAGUUCGACCUCACCGGGAAGAAACGCUUCACAGCUCCGUAUGUGAACUUCAUCCAGAAGGAUCCGGGCGCUCCGUGCUCGCUGACGGAGGCUCUGGAAUACCUACAGGUGGACGUCCUGGAAAACCUGCUUAAGAAAGACAGCCUGGCUACUAAUCAGAAACAGCCGCCCAAAAACAAGCCCCACAACAUCACGGUGGUCGCCAUGGAAGGCUGUCACUCAUUCGUCAUCCUGGACUGGGCCAUCCCACUGAAGGAUGACAUGGUGUCAGGCUACAUGGUCCACAGUGCCUCAUACGAUGACGUCCUCAACAACAGGUGGUCCUCCAGUGCAUCCAGCGGCUCACAUCUGGCUGUAGAAAACCUCAAACCUAACUCCAGGUACUACUUCAAAGUCCAGGCGAAGAAUGUCUUUGGGCUGGGACCGGUCAGCGAUACAUUCACCUAUGUCACUGAGUCAGACGACCCUCUUCUUAUUGAACGACCACCUGGUGGAGAGCCUAUCUGGAUUCCCUUUUCCUUCCGAUACAACCCCCAGCACAGUGCCUGUAAGGGCAGCCAGUACGUCAAGAGGACAUGGUACAGAAAGUUUGUAGGUGUGGUCUUGUGCAACUCACUGAGAUACAAGAUCUUCAUGGGAGAUGGGCUGAAAGAAACAUUCUAUAGUAUAGCAGACACAUUUGGUCAUGGGGAGGACCACUGCCAGUUUGUAGACUCUUACCUAGAUGGGAGGACAGGCUCCCCCAACCUCUCAAUGCAUCUGCCAACAGCACAAGGUUACUAUCGCUCAUACAGGCAGGAGCCAGUGAACUUUGGACCUAUCGGCCGGCGUACGCCACAUCUCUUCGGGGGAUGGUAUGAGUGCGGGGUGCCCAUCCCUGGCAAGUGGUAACACAGGGGGUCAUAAAGAGGUCGUCAUCGAGGGCAACCCAACUCCAUCCUGCUGCAGCCUUUCUCAUGCUGUUACUGACCCCACCCCCUGGAGAUAAACUGUUGCUAACCAUAGCAGAAAGACAACAACAUUCCAAAUGUAUACUACUUCAGUUUGAAGAGAAUAUAAUACUUUAAACAACAA